UUUAGCUGAUGUAAUGAUUAUUGUAAUAUCAGUUCCUGGCUGGCCAUUAGUCAUUUCAACAAUGGAGUUUGCUGAGGCAAAGAAACCACACAGCUCCUCAUAAAAAGCAGAUCACUUCCAUUAUCCAUUUAUCUGCCUGAGAUCCAGAGUGUUGACCAAUGUCCAAUAUAUCACCAUGCCUCUCUGCCAGCAUUGCUGUUGCAUUUAGACAGAGCUCUGGUUUCAGACUGGAAGAGAGAAAGGAGUCGUUUCUUGAAUCCAUUUGCUGCUUCAUGGGAAAUCCAUCUAAAUUUAAGGACUAAGAGAAGAAGUCAUUCUCCCCAGAAUGGUUCAUGGUAGUAUACUGAGAUGAACAUCAAGAGGGUUGCAACAUCACUGGCUGAAAAAAAAACCCAUCACCCAUGAGGAAAAUUUAAAAUAGAUGCCAAGUUUCUACAGAAGUCAUGGGAUGUGGCAUUUCUAUAAAGAAGAACCAGGCAAACAAAUCAGAACGAGCCAUCAAAGCAGCCAUCCUCAUCCAAAGGUGGUAUCGAUCUUAUGUGGCUCGGAUGCAGCUGAAGCGACAAUAUGCUCUUAGCAUCUUUCAGUCAAUUGAAUAUGCAGAAGAACAAGCACAGCUACAGCUGUCCAACUUCUUCACAUUCAUGUUGAACCAUGUGAAUGAGUUUGAUCCAGACAUUAAGUCUCACUUUGUCUCCAUUAUGGGGGAUUGCAACAUGGCCAGCUCAGAUCCUGCAAUGACAGAGUAUGAAAGGAGAAUCGAGGUACCUGCCUCCUACUAUGGUCCUCGUCUGUCUUUCCCCCUCACAGCUGCUGACAUUAAUGCCCUUCUUCAAGCUUUCAAGCAUCACCAGCAGCUUCAUGCUAGAUAUGUGCUUCAACUCUUGCACGAGACCAGAAAGGUCCUUCAGCAGAUGCCAAACAUUACUCAUCUCUCAACCUCUUAUGCCAAGGAAAUCACCAUCUGUGGUGAUCUGCAUGGAAAGCUAGAUGAUCUUUUACUGAUUUUCUACAAAAAUGGUCUCCCCUCGGAAGAAAAUCCCUACAUUUUUAAUGGUGAUUUUGUCGACCGAGGGAAAAAUUCCACAGAAAUCCUUAUAAUCCUGUUUGCAUUUCUGCUUGUCUACCCCAACCAUUUACACCUGAACAGAGGGAAUCAUGAGGAUCACAUCAUGAAUCUUAGAUAUGGGUUCACAAAAGAAGUUAUGAAGAAGUACCAGUGCCAUGGCACAACGAUUUUGCAUCUUCUUCAAGAUGUCUACAGUUGGCUUCCUCUUGCAACUAUAAUAGACAACAAAGUUCUAAUUUUACAUGGUGGAAUCUCCGACACAACUGAUUUAAAUUUCCUGAAUUUGUUUCAGAGAAACAAGCUGAAAUCUGUACUUAACCCACCAAAAUCAAAUGCUGGAACAGGCAAUGAUCCGCAGAGAGCUGCUCUUACAGAAGCCUAUUCCCACCAAGUACAAACCAAGAAGUCCAAUUCUGGGUCUCACGUCUCCAGUAAAGAAGCUUUAAGGUCUAUGUCAGCAUCAAGCAACAGUAGACAAUACAGUAAGAGGCAACAUCUUGACAACCUCUGUCACAGAACUGUUUCUCAUCCAAUUCCAGAGGUGCAAUAUUGCAAGCCAUCCAAUGUUACCACAGCAUACACAUCUCCAGAAUUAACACCAAAGGAAUGGAAGCAGGUAGUAGAUAUUCUCUGGAGUGAUCCCAAACAUCAAAAUGGCUGUACACCAAAUAAACACCGAGGUGGAGGUUGUUGCUUUGGACCAGAUGUUACGGCCAGGUUGCUAAAACGGUACAAUUUGAAAAUGCUCAUCAGGUCUCAUGAAUGCAAAGAGGAAGGCUAUGAGAUCAGUCAUUAUGGAAAGGUCAUCACUAUAUUUUCUGCUUCAAAUUACUAUGAAGAGGGAAGUAAUCGUGGUGCUUACAUCAAACUAAAUCCAGAUCUGAUACCUCGUUUUGUUCAGUAUCAAGUUAGGAAAUCAACACAUAAACGGACCCUACAUCAGAGAGUUUCCACAAUUGAGCUGUCUGCCUUAAAGUGCUUGCGGGAAAAGAUUUACAUACACAAAUCAGAACUGAUUGCAGCUUUUAGACAGUAUGACCGGAAUGGUACAGGUAAUACAAAUCUGAACACAAACGCUUUGAGAUUUCUUUCAAUAUAAUAUAAACAGGUAAGUGACUUGUCCUGGAAUUUCAAGACAAGAUAACUGCCUUGAUAAAAUAUAUGUAUAUUACACUUUUUGUUUUGACGGAGCAGCUACAGUGGAGUUCAAAGUUGAAACUAUUUUUGGUUGGGCUACAUCUCCUGUGUAUUCUUGAAAGUAGCACUUGCCAAGGUGGGGAAAGCAUUUCAUUUCCAACCAGAUGAAUAUUUUCUCAUUGUUAGUAUUGUUUAUGAUCUGAAUUGAUUGCUGUCAUGCCAUCCAACAUUUCACAGAUAAAAAGUGUGAUACAUGUUCAAGAUGGCAAAGUAACUGAUGAGGAAGAACACAUGAAUGAAAAGAAGCUGCAGUUGUUCGUAUUUGCAUGAAUCUUCCAGGAAGUCCUCUCUCUUCUUCCCCUUGCUGAAUUAAUUGAGUUUAAAUGACUUUUGUAUUUUGAACUCAGUUUGCAGCCAGUGAAAUAAACUCAGGAAAAGGGGGGAAGUGGGUGGAGGAGCUGAAGUUGUGGGACAUCAGGGGAUUAAUCGGGGUUAUUCCUGCCAGAUUGGUAAAGUUGGAGAGUAUGUGCUCUGAACAAUUGUGGUUGAUACUUAACAUUAGGCUGAACAAGAUCACUAGAGCCCAUCCUUUAUGAGGAACUAUGCCUAGGUCUUAAGUCUGAAAUCUCAUGGCAUGGGAAAUUCUGGAACUAUUUUAUUUGUUUGUUUGUUUGUUUGUUUUAUAUACCGCCCUUCUCCCCCAGGGGGACCCAGAGCAACCAUAGAUUCUACAAACUUCACUGGUUGGCUUCCUGGACCCAAUUAAAUGUGAUUAUGUUAAUUUGCCUUAGAGUUGCCUAAGUAAACCUAUAAAUCACUUGGUGCUUGGCUUCCUGAGGCUUCACCUGUCUUGUCAUGAUGAACCUAUAUUCAUUUUCAGAUUUUUAGGAGAGAUCUUUGUGAGGCUCUUAGAAUCAGCUUUUUUGAGCAUUAUUUUACUGUGGAAAGGGGAGAUUAGUCAUAAUCAUAAUCAUAGUGGCCAAAAUUCUAUAUGGAAGUUAUGUCUUCAUAUCCCGUAAAGGACUGCUGUUAUGUUCCUACAUAGCAGAUAGCAUUGUAAAGUAGGACUGAUUAUCAUUGGGAAACAAGGGACACCAGGCACUCUUGCUGUUGUUCAAGUCCUAUUGAACAAUGUUCAGUCUGCUAUGUAGCCACAUUAAAAGCGCAUUUGCCUUUCACUAUACAGUGUCUUAGCGCCUCUGCUACAUAGCAUAGUACAGUAUGAUCCCCUUCCAUGAAUUCAAUAUCCACAGUUUCACUUAUCUGCUCUGCAAACAACUCCCCCCCCCCCCCCACACACACACACACACCAACAAGUGUUUCCGGACUAUUGGAAAAUAACUGCACCUAGUCUCUGUGUACAUAUCCUUUUGUCAAAUAUGAAUGUCCAUGAAUAAGUGGAGACCACCUUUUGAAAACCACUAGACAAGAAAAGCAUGACCUUGUUAGAAGUAAACUCUUUGAACAAAUGAUAUUCACAAGCAUUCGUGUAAUGGCACACAGGAAAUUCAGCUGUUAAACUGAAGAACCAUGUCUUUAACUUGCCACUCCAAAAAUAUAUUUGGUUAGCAGAGGAUGGUUGCUUCUUUGCAGUUGUAAUUGCUCAAAAGAUAUACACUCCCUUGAAAACUCUUAGUUUAAAAUAUGUACUCAGAGAUUUAAAAAAAUAAAGUCUUCUUUGAAAAAUAACAUAUCUUUUUUACUCAUAAACACCAUAUAAGCACAUUUCUUAUUGAAGUUUAGUUACAGAUAGGAUAUAGCUUCUUUGUGUUGAGUACAUAGGGUAGCAUUCUUAAUCAAUAGUCCAUAGUUUUAAGUAUAUUUGUACUCACUGAAGUCCAUAAGCAUACAUGCAUCAAUUAAAGUCCAAACAGUAACCUGCCUUUAUUGAAGACCAAACGCAUACAUGCAUCCACCUCCACUGAGGUCUGAUGCAAACAUGAAUACAAAAUGGAGUCCUGAAUCUGAACAUGUUCAGUGCAAUCACAUGUCUAUAACCCCUCCCACACCGAAGAGGUAAGUCAAACUGGCAAAUCAACAUAUACAUAGAAUACAGGUUAGCAAAUAUAUACAUUAAUAAAUUAAAUAGUGAGAGGCUUGGGAGGUUGCUAUUUCCAACAUGGACAUCUCUAGGUCCUCCGUUUUUAUUCUUUAAAAUGCUUCUAGCACAGGUAUAGUCAAAAUAUAGAAUCUACUGUUAUCUGUAGUUCAGGUGUCCUAGGGAAAGGGGGGAUGUCUUGGAACAUAGCCCCUGUGGAUAUGGAAGUUGUACUGUAUAUCCAAGUUAUGUUAAGUAAAAAGUGAUAGAGAAUGUCAGUGAACAUCAUUUUAGGAUCUAAGCCCACAAACUGGGAGGUUUCUUUCUUUGGUUAUUUUCCAUUUAUUUAUUCAAGCAGGUUGACCAUACUUAACCCCAAGGCUUUUCCUGAAAUGAUAUUUUUAUCUCAGAAUCAUUUCCUCAGCAUACAGCUACUUGAUGAAUCACCAACUAGGUAGCUUUUAAGCAUAAAAUAUUCAUGUUUCUUGCUUGGGCUUUUUAAUAAUCAUAAAGUACUUUUGAUUGCUUGUUUCAUUCCAUUUUUUUUGGUAGGGAAGAUUUCUCCCAGUGAAUGGGUUUCAGCAUUGGAAUCUGUUCUACAGCUUGACCUCCCCUGGAGGACCUUACGUUCCAGACUGGUUUGUCUGGAUCAAGAUGGAAAUGUUGAAUACCUUUCAUCUUUUGAUGAUGUUGAA